GAAAGCGGCAAGUCCAUCCUGCAUAAGCAAUAACCGUGGGGAAUAUUGAAAUUUCUUCUAAUUAGGUUUUUCUUCGUCUGUACUUCUGGCCCUGUUUUUUCUACUGCUUGCUAUCCUUAGAUAUAUGAACGAACAUACAUAUAAGGAGUCCUUUGUAGGAAUUCUUCACUGGUUCUUUCUGUCCUGUGUCAGUUUCUGGAAUUAACUUUGUUUGAAAGAGCAUUUGAAAUUAUUGGAGUAGAUUGGAAGCAUAGUCAAAUCUGAAGAUACUCGUAGACUUGGAUGACUGCUUUUGGAGAAGAAGCAAAACUGGGAGGUCCAGUGCAUCACCGAAACAUGUAUCCUAUUGAGAGGGAAUUAGGCCAUUUUAAGUCAUUUGUACGAAAUAAAGCACAACCAGAGGGUUCUAUAGCUGAAGGUUACUUAGCUGAACAGUCUCUUACCUUUUGUUCUCGGUAUAUUGAGGAUAUUGAGACAAGAUUCAAUAGACCUAGGCGUGUUCGUGAUGACCCAAAUAUCAAUGAGCCUUCUGGAAGGUCCUCUAUCUUCCCUCAAUUAGGUAAACCUGCAUCAGCUUCGGUUACAUUCCCUUUAACUCAUAUGCAAAAACUACAAGCUCAUCGAUAUGUGCUUCUGAACUGUGCAAUUGUCACGCCAUUUGUGGACGAAUUUAGACAGUACAUAAGGAGGAGUUCAAGAAGAAGACCAUCGCCUACUGAGAUAGAGAGGAGAGUUAAUAAAGAGUUUGUUGAUUGGUUUCAAAAGCGGAUUAUGAAUCCAGAAACAAUAGAUACAAUGUCUAUUGAUCUAAAGUUUCUUGCACGAGGUCCAUCGGCACAUGCAAGAAGUUUUACUGCAUAUAACAUCAAUGGGUCCAAAUUUCGAAGUUUGGCUCGAGAAGAAGGUCUACAAACACAGAAUAGUGGAGUUUUCUUAACCUCUAAAACAUCAUGUAUUGCAAGUAGUGUAGACGGAUAUUUAAGGCAAGCAGAGUUACCAUAUUAUGGGAAGUUAGAAGAUAUUGUUGAGAUUAAUUAUAAUGGUCGGUUCACGGUGGUUCUUUUCAAAUGUAGAUGGGCUGAUACUGCUCGAGAUAGAGGGUAUAAAAAGGAUCGUUGGAACUUAAAUUGUGUUAAUUUUGAAAAAUUGAUUCAUACAGGUGAACGUGAAGAACAUGAGCCUUAUAUCGAAGCAUCUCAAGCACAACUAGUUUACUAUGUGGAUGAUGUUGUCAAUAAAGGGUGGAGUGUUGCUGUACAUCUAAAGCCAAGAGAUCUGUAUGAUAUGGGAGAAGAAGUAGUGGAGGAUGAAGUAUAUGAGAAUGAACCAUACCAAGAGCAAGAACUCGAACAGUUCUUUAGUGAUGGUGAUGAGUAUGUACAACUAGCUACGGACCAUAUAAUUGAUGAUGUAGCAAAGGCAAAUGUUGCUACUAACUUAGCAUCAGAUACAUGUAUGUUUGAAUAGAAUUUUUCUUAAUAUGUUGCUUUAUAUGAAGGUAACAGUACUGCAUAACUAAGUAAUAUUUAUUUCAUUUAUUGGUGUAUAGGUAUGUUUAGAAAUGGUAUCCAUAUUUGGUUUGAAGGCAUAUUUAGAAAUGAUAUUCAUAUUUGCUUCACCUUUUUUUAUUUAAUUCACCUCUUUUUAAUCUGUGGUGAUCAUGAUAUGGCACCUCCUACCACUGCAAUGUUACCUGGCACUACGGCUGCUGCAGGUACUUGUUUCAUCAUUAAUGUUGCAGCUGAUAUUAUGUUGAUAACUGUCACAUUUUUCUUUGACAUAGUGUGGAAGUCCAUAUCAAAAUGCAUGGUUACGUUUUGGUUCUUUAACUUCCACCUAUAAUGGUAUUGAGUCAUGGAGUAGAUUGGCUGUUUUGUUUUUAUUUAUUGUUUACUUGGUGAAGUAAUUCUGAAACUGAGGGUUUUUGGUUUCUUGUUGUGUUUGGUGUUUGUUUGUUUGUUUGUUUGUUUUGUAUAUCUUGUCUUAUGUUCUAAGAAGGCAAUAUUGGGCUACUUGCCCCACUGUGCUGACAAUGGGUGUGAAGCAGACUUCUUUAGCUUUUAUGUUUAAGGAAGAACAAAACAGGUCUUGUUCAUCUUCAUCCAGGAAUUGCCUGUUUGGUAGUUACAAAUAUUUUCUGAAUGUAAAAUUCUACUCCUUAUAUUGUUUUACUUAUAUUUCUUAAUACAGAAUUCAUUUAUUCUUUCAAAAUCAUUUUAAUAGGGAAAUGUAAAUACUCACUUCGUAUCGUUUGAAGUAUACGUCAUGCUGCAAUUUUCAAUUGCAUCUUUGUUGCCUCUGUUUGGGUCAGCACAAGGCUACUGACAAUGAGGCAUUAACAAACAUGAAGACUGAAUUCAUGGUUUUAUGGGAUGGUUUUACCACAGAUCGUAGGUUCACUCCUUAAUGAGAUGAUUUCCUUAUUAGUAGCUUUCAUUCACGAAUCACCACUCAUUUGCUGCAAAAUUUUCUCAGCAAGUUAUGCAAUUUGAGAUGGUCAUGUCUCUUAGCUAGUUAAUGUGGUCUACCGAUAAAGUUUUGUGACUUUAUUUACUGAGAUAAUGCUUAUCUAGAUAAUGCCCGGGUUAUGGUACUUGUUGCUACUAAUCGGCCAUCUGAGCUUGAUGAAGCAAUUCUUCGACGCCUUCCUCAGGCCUUUGAGAUCAGUAUGCCUGACUGCAAAGAGAGAGCUGAGAUUUUGAACUAUUCUGAGGGGCGAGAAGGUACAAGAUAACAUUGACUAUGACCGCAUUGCUGGAUUGUGUGAUGGAUAACUGGUUCAGAUCUUGUUGAGCUCUAUAAAAAAGCUGCCUACUUCCCCAUCCGGGACCUGCUUGAUGAUGAGAAGAGUGGAAAGCAAUCUGCGGUUAAGUUCCUGGGACCAACCUACCAAUUCCUGGAAUGUUUCCUAACAUGUUUCCUUUAGCAUCGGGCUAGAUGAUAUCGUCAGUUUAACUACCAAGGGUGUAUCAGCCAAAAGUUUGAAAUACGAAGAAGCACUCUAUGAGGCUAAUGCUGAGUUAAGAGCAUAUUUGUAUUUUAUUUGUUCCUUGUUGGUUGUGGUAGUUUGGAGUUCUUCCUGUUAUCCCAAUCCAGUCAAUGACACAACAGGCUACUAGGCAUGCUCGGCGAGUUUAUGUUGGAGGACGUCCGACUCAUGCAAAUUAACAGGUUAAAGAAUGAAGAAGACUUGAUGUUCUAUCCCAGGGGAAGAGGACAAAACAUGUCAAAAACAAGUAUAAACGUUUAGGGAGGAUGAAUUGAAACCCAUGGAUGCAGAGCAACUGAGAAAGUAUGGUCACAACAUCCAUUGUUCUCAGUCAAGUCAAGUUCAGGUUUUCACAACAUUAAUUAUUUCCUAGUAAAAGGUUUAGCCCUCGCAUGACAGUGUUAUUUUGGCACAAUGUAUGGAGACUUAGCGAGCAAAUAGUACUCCAUUCUGUUCAUAGUGAAAAUUAAUAAAGCUCAAUCUUAUAAUGAUACAUACAUUUUUACUAUCUUAGUUGGUUGGUGACUAUAUCAGAUAUCAUUGUUCAUGAUAAACUUUUUGUUUAGUUCCGUAAGAAUUUGAAUUUGUAAUGUU